GAUUUCCUGUGUUGUGGUUCCUGGAACAUUUUAGAAGCUAGUGACUUUACUGCUUCUUGUUCAUAUGAUACAUUCACCUAUAGAAGAUUCGAGAGCAUUGUUCAAAUAAAUAAUUUUUCUCUUUUUUUUUCUUUUAAAUUUCUUCAUGCACGACUUUUGGAUUGUUUAGCCUCCAACUCAGCUCUGUGAACCAACACACCACCAUCCUUCUUGAUUAAGCACGUACUGUGUGUUGCCGGUAUCGACACUGGAACAUUCCUCAUGGCAGUCUAUAAAACACAACUUGAUGCCUGCUGAUGUCUUCUUACUCUGGAUCUCUAAGCUUCUUUGUGGAAUUAAGAAAUAAAUGCUUCUCAGACCACUCCAUGGAAUUUGAUUUCUGGGAUCUUAGGAGUAACAUGCCUUAUUUUGAUGGCUAUUAUGGGAAUUUUGUUGAAAAAUUUAUAUCCUAAACAAAGUAUUCAGCCAACAUUGUCUCUAGAUGCAAUCAGCGAAGUCCAGAAAGGCUCUAACUGCUGUUAUUGUCCAAAAGGCUGGAUUGGGUACCAGUGCAACUGCUACUUCUUUUCUGGUAAAUUAAAAAAUUGGACAGAAAGUCAUAGUUUCUGUGCUUCUCAGAAUUCCAGUCUACUUCAGUUGAAAAACGAAGAUAAAUUGCAUUUUAUGAGCUCCAGUACAUAUUUUUACUGGAUUGGACUCUCUUACCAUAAAGACAAAAAGGCCUGGCUGUGGGAAGAUGGCUCCCCUGUCUCCCAAGAUCUAUUGCCAUUACUUCAAAAAUUAAAUACAGAGAAAUGCACAAUGUAUGGCUCAAGCCAAGGUAUUUUGGACGCAUGCUGUGAUGAUGAAAGUCGUUUUAUAUGUAAAAAAAGAGCUUAUUAAAGUGUUUCUUGGAGUGGGAGGGGUGGGCAGUGAAGAUUCAGUAGUACUAAGAGCAUGACUUUACCUCUUAUAUUAUUGCUAAUUUUCUACCUCUGGGAUCUGUAAAAUGUUUCAAAUCAUGUCUUAUGAUACAAUUUUCAUACAUUUGAAAUCAUGUGCUUCAAAAUUAGUGAAAUUUGGGGCACCUGGGUGGCUCAGUCGGUUAAACGACUGCCCUCAACUCAGGUUAUAAUCCCAGGGUCCUGGGAU